AGGAGAACAGCUAUUUAUUUCUUAUGGUGCUACAAUGAGUAUGAAAAAAAUUGACAGACAACAGAAGAUUAAACAAUCGCAUCACUUUAUCUGCGACUGCGUAGCAUGCAAAGAAAAUUGGUCAACAGACUUGAUGUCAAAUGUACUAAGUGACAAUUACAACAAGCUAAAACUAUUGUCAGAAUUUGAAAAAAUUGAUGGGAUAGAGGAGGUGCACGCUGUUCUUUCUGCAAAGAACGAUGAUAAAUUUGCCAACAAAUCAGUCACAAUUAACAUUAUUAAGAUGAUUCAAAUAGUUUAUGAGACUUUGACGGGCUACAAAGCUUGUUUACACUCAUUUCUCCUUCGGCCUUGGAUCACAAAGCACUACGAAAAAGUUUUGGGAGUGAAGAUCUUUGACAUACCUAGUGAUUGUUAA